AGGCAUACAGCUCUCUCCUUAAAUGGUCAAAGCUCCCAGGAGUCAAAGAGAGGCUGCUGCUGAAAAAAGACAGGGAAGCGAGGGGAUGGGAGAAGGAAGCGGAGACCAAGAGGCUGGAGACCUUUUCUGAGAAAAGGCAGCGUGCAGUGACAGUCGGUGGGAAGUCGCCUGAGACGGGAGGUCCGCUGGGAACUGGAGGUGGACACAGGUCGAGGAAGAGGCAAAGGACUUUCUUCAGUCAUCUGUCCCUCACAACAAUACCAAGGAGUCCAGCAAGAAUUCCACUGCUGAGGGCCCCUUUUUUUUCCCUCUCACCCGCUCCCGGCGGUGUCUACCCCCUGCCAUGCCCUCGGUGCCUGAGGAAGAAGAGGACUCCUUCGAGGAUUUGGACAGUUCUUCAAGCUCGCCCAGUACGUGUGCACCUGCUGAGAGCAGAGCUGCUGUCAUGACUGGCCCCACUAUCAUCUACCCACAACAGGCCUCCGUUGUCCAGCAAGAUGGACGUCCUCUGGAGCACGCUAGGCCACACAGCCCAAGAGCUCGUCUGGCAAGAAACUUUUCUACAGGAUCCAUCACCACAGUCGACAGCACAGGUCAUGUGAUCGACCUGGUGAAGGACAAGCUGCCGGAGUUGCAGCUCUCAGAGGAAGAUCGCCAGAAGAAUCUGGAGCUGCUGGAACAAGCCAAAAAGGUCAGCGACCGCUUCCUGAUGCGACGGGGCCGCCGUUCUACCAGCAGCCUUUCUGACUCGACCACAGAGGUGACUUGCAGUCCACAGUCGAUCAGCCAGCAUCUGGACGUUGCGUCAGUGAGGGGACAAAGGGAUGUGGAGGGCAACAGACUAGCUGUGGACUGGAAGCCCACAGAGAAGAGGAAAGUGUCUUCUGGGACCCUAACGCCCCGUUUUGCCAUUCCAAAGGAAAACUGUGAAGCCAAAAGUCCCCCGGGAGCCAAUAAAAGUGACGACGGAGGACGAAAUUCCAACCAGGCCCCGGCCACAGGGGUCGCCAAGCCCGUCCCUCGACCCCCAACGCAACAGGCCCCCUGUACUGCUGAAAUUAAGACCAUUGGUGCUUUCCCACCACUAAUGAGGGCUGUUUCCUGGGAUGCCAUCGGGGGUAUUAACUCCAGAAAUGGAGCAGAAGACGCAAGCUCGGACAAAACCCGGGAUGGCAUUUUGAAAUCCUCGGUGCUCAGAGAGCUCCCUGCACCCAAACUGUCCAAAUUCAGAGAGGACCACAAGCUGAUGCGUAACCAAACCAUAGUCGGCUCCAAGUUACCGGAUUUGAGUGAAGCUGCUGAACAGGAAAAAGGGACGGCUUCUUCUUCAAAUUCCUCACCAAGCAGCGAGGAGACCAAGUCGGACGCCAUGCCAAACAUCUCCGACAUCAUGCUGAGAAAACUCAAACUUCAUCGGGGCCUUCCCGGCUGUCCACCUCCACUCACAGAAAAAGAAGUUGAGAAUGCGUUUGUCCAGCUGUCAUUGGCCUUUCGUAAUGACAACUACACCCUGGAGACCCGCCUCAAACAGGCAGAGAGGGAGAGGAACUUGACUGAGGAAGAUACACAAAAGGAACUCGAAGAAUUCAAAGUUGCACUGAAGAUGACUGCCCCACAGUGGCAGAACCUGGAGCAGCGUGAGGCCUACCAGAGGCUCAUAGAGACGCUGGCAGUGCUCCAUCGGCUGGCCACUCGCCUCUCGAGCAGAUCCGAGAUAGUUGGAGCUGUUCGACAGGAGAAACGCAUGAGCAAAGCCACAGAGGUCAUGAUGCAAUACGUUGAAAACCUCAAGAGGACAUAUGAGAAAGACCACGCCGAACUGACGGAAUUUAAAAAGCUCGCCAACCAGAACUCUAAUCGCUGCUAUGGAGGCUCCGUAGAAACUGGAGAUGAUGGCGUUUCUCGUGCUUCAAGAUCCAUGUCGCUCACUCUCGGAAAGGCGCUGCCCAGACGUAGAGUGAGUGUUGCCGUGGUGCCCAAGUUUAAUCUCCUGAACAUUCCGGGUCAGAUGCCUCCCACUGCCGCCCCCAAUGCGCCAACAGCUUCCACGCCUGCUGCGGCUCUUCCUGCCUUGAGUGAAGCCGGUGAUGUGAAAGGAAACUCCUCACAAGAAUCGACACAACAGGCGACAACAGAGUGUGGAAAGAGUGUGACGGAGAAGCAGGAAGCGGAGCCUGCCAAGCCGGCCGUCAACUUGGAGGAGAUGAGAGCAGAAAUCAGGGCAGAGCUCAAGGCAAAGAUUGAGGAAGUGGCGUACAAUAAAGGCUACCAAGAAGGACUGAAGCAAAACAAAGUAAUCCAGGAGGAAAAGCGUGAAGAGGAUGAAGCUGCAGACAAGUUGCUGGAAUCAAAGAUAAGAGAUGAAGAAAGCGGAAAGAAAAUCAAAGCAAGCCGGAGGAUGGAGGAGGUCUUGGUUCUUCUUAGUCGCAUUUGCCCGAAGAUUUCAUGGAGCAAGCGGCUUCUGUCACUGAUGGUUUUUCUGGUGAUGUGUCUGAUUAUCAGCAUUUUUACAUUCUUCUCUGGCUACUACAACAAGCGUGAUGACACAUAAGAACACGAGCACUUCAUUCAGGGUGGAACCAAAUCAUUUUUUUCACUGACACCCUUCUGUCCCACUCAAUUUAUUUCACAACAGAAUUUUUACAGAAGCCUUAUGUAUAAAGUUUGUUACAGUUACUACUUGUUCACUUCUACUUAGGGACCAAAUACAAUUAUGGUACAUCUGAAUAUUAAAUAUGGCAGCGGUUCCCAACCUUUUUUGCGCCACGGACCAGUUACACGUCAGACAAUAUUUUCACGGACCAGCCUUUGUAUAUUUAUAUGAAGAAAUAAUAAAUUUAUAAGGGAAAACACAAAACUCUCCAUUAAGUAUCUGCUGCGUAGCUCUGCCGGCUCGACUGGGGAAACAUGUUACGUGACCGGGACGAGCGUCUUGACCUGAAUUAAUUGAUCGUCGAUAAAAAUAUGUAUUUUUUUUUCUGUGUGGCCCGGUACCAAAUGACCCACGGACCGGUACCGGUACAUUGCCCGGUGGUUGGGGACCUCUGAAAUAUGGCACUUCUGAUAUAAAGUACCAUGUAUGUUUCUGGUCCAAUAGAUUUUUUGGAGUAUCAGCUGAUACUUAGAGAGAUGAUAUGUUUUGUGGUAAUUAUUUAUAUCAAGAUUUUUAAUUCAAAACACAUUUUCAGAUACAGUGGAACUGCAAAGUCACAGGUGUCAAACUAAAAGCCCGGGGCUCGGUGAUGGCAAAAGACUUCCAGACACUUGACUUUACAAACAUAGCAUUUUUCCUCAGAUUUUGACAUUUUGCCAAAUAUUAUCAUUUGGAUAAAAUAUAGAGAGACCUUUAUACAGUUUCAUAGGUUUGAGCCUGGAUAUUAUCAUCUAAUUUGCCUAAAAGAAAAGAAAAAAAAUCAUCUUCUGUAGUGGUCUCAGUCCGCACAUCAAUCAGUAUUUCAUAAAAGUUGCUAAUACGAAUGAAGGUUUUGUGAUGCCUUCAACAAAAGAUGUGAAAUUAGAAGUAAUUCAGGAAGGAAUUGUAUGAGACUUUGCAUGUUCCACUGUAAUUUCCAGCGUGCAAUACCUUUUGCAACCAAUUAGUCAUUUGUGCCAUUUUGAAUUGUGUCUUCAGGGCACUAAAAAAAUGUUGCACACUGUUUAUUUUUGAUUGUCUUUACACGUGUGCCUACGUGUGUUGCCAACUCUGCGGGGACUUGCUCUGACACUUCACCUUGAAAUAAAGGUUUACCAAUUCGAUCAA